GCGCUGCGGCGGCCGCGCUGGGAGGCGGAUGGCGCGGCGCGUGUAACCGGAGCCGCGGGGCUCGGCCGGCCCGGGCUCCGCCCGUGGAUGCCGGGCAGCCCCUCGGAGCGCCCCCGCAGGCAUGGCAGAGAGCUGGCUGCGCCUGCCGGGCGCGGCGGCGGCGACGGCGGCGGCGGAGGGCGGCCUGGAGGAGGCGGGCGCCCUGGAUGACAGCCUGACCAGCCUGCAGUGGCUGCAGGGAUUCUCCAUCCUCAACGCCAAGGCCCCGGCCCUGCCCCCGGGCCCCGCCGACCCCCACGGCUACCACCAGGUCCCGGGCUCCGUGGCUCCCGGGUCCCCGCUGGCGGCCGACCCCGCCUGCCUGGGGCAGCCGCACACGCCGGGCAAGCCCACCUCGUCGUGCACGGCGCGCGGCGCGCCCCCCGGGCCACAGGCGCCACCCCCCGACGACGUGGACUACGCCAGCAACCCGCACGUGAAGCCGCCCUACUCGUACGCCACGCUCAUCUGCAUGGCCAUGCAGGCCAGCAAGGCCACCAAGAUCACCCUGUCGGCCAUCUACAAGUGGAUCACCGACAACUUCUGCUACUUCCGCCACGCAGACCCCACCUGGCAGAACUCCAUCCGCCACAACCUGUCCUUGAACAAAUGCUUCAUCAAAGUGCCUCGGGAGAAGGAUGAGCCGGGCAAGGGGGGCUUCUGGCGCAUCGACCCCCAGUACGCCGAGCGCCUGCUGAGCGGCGCCUUCAAGAAGCGGCGCCUGCCCCCGGUGCACAUCCACCCGGCCUUUGCCCGCCCGGCCACGCAGGAGCCCAGCGCGCCCUGGGCUGGGCCCCUGAGCGUCAACGCGGACGCCCAGCAGCUGCUGCGGGAGUUCGAGGAGGCCACCGGGGAGGCGGGCUGGGGGGCCGGAGAGGGCCGGCUGGGCCACAAGCGCAAACAGCCGCUGCCCAAGCGCGUGGCCAAGGCCCCACGGGCCCCCAGCACGCUACUGCUGACCCAGGAGGAGCAGCGGGACCUGGAGCCCCUCAAGGGCAACUUUGACUGGGAGGCCAUCUUCGACGCGGGCGCACUGGGCGGGGAGCUGGGCGCCCUGGAGAGCCUGGAGCUGAGCCCACCGCUGAGCCCCACGGGCGACGUGGACCUCACAGUCCACGGCCGCCACAUCGACUGCCCGGCGCCCUGGGGGCCGCCCGGAGAGCAGGCCACCAACAGCCUGGACUUCGAUGAGACCUUCCUGGCCACGUCCUUCCUGCAGCACCCCUGGGACGAGAGCGGCAGCGGCUGCCUGUCCCCCGAGCCCCUGUUCGAGGCGGGCGACGCCGCGCUGGCGGCUGACCUGCAGGACUGGGCCAGCGUGGGCGCCUUCUUGUAAGGGAGC